CAUACUGUAAGAAUGACAACAACUUCAGUCAGCAGCUGGCCUUUCUCUUCUGACGGAACACACUUUGUAACUAAUUACAGUGACCAAUUACCACAAAAUAUCUCAAAAACCUCAACUGUUACUACUACCUGCCCCAUGGAGGAAAAAUUACUAUCUACUGUGUUAACAAUAUGCUACUCUAUUAUUUUCAUUGUGGGGCUGUUUGGGAAUAUAAUUGCCCUGUAUGUAUUUCUGGGUAUCCACCGCAAAAGAAAUUCGAUUCAAAUUUACUUACUUAAUGUUGCGGUUGCAGACCUCCUGCUCAUCUUCUGCCUUCCUUUCCGAAUAGUGUAUCACAUUAACCAAAACAAGUGGACACUGGGUGUGAUUCUUUGCAAGGUUGUGGGAACACUAUUCUAUAUGAACAUGUACAUUAGCAUUAUUUUGCUUGGAUUCAUCAGUUUGGAUCGCUACAUAAAGAUUAAUCGAUCUAUACAACAGCGAAAGGCAAUAACAGUCAAACAAAGUGUUUACGUUUGCUGUACAGUAUGGAUAAUUGCUCUAGCUGGAUUUUUAACUAUGAUUAUUUCAACAUUGAAGACAGAAGGGUAUAAUUCCACUUCCACAAUGUGCUUCCAUUACAGAGAUAGGCAAAAUGCAAAAGGAGAAGCAAUUUUUAACUACCUUAUUGUGGCAAUGUUCUGGCUAAUUUUCUUACUGAUAAUCCUUUCAUAUAUUAAGAUAGGCAAGAAUCUAAUGAGGAUUUCUAAAAAGAGGUCAAAAUUUCCUAAUUCUGGUAAAUAUGCUACUACAGCCCGGAAUUCCUUUAUUGUACUUAUCAUUUUUACAGUAUGUUUUGUUCCAUAUCACAUCUUUCGAUUCAUCUAUAUUAAUUCACAGUUAAAUAAAUCACCUUGCCACUGGAAGGAAAUUGCACACAAAACCAAUGAGAUCAUGCUAGUUCUGUCUGCUUUCAAUAGCUGCCUAGACCCAGUCAUGUAUUUCCUGAUGUCCAGUAAUAUUCGAAAAAUAAUGUGCCAACUCCUUUUCAGACGAUUUCAAGGGGAAUCCAGUAGAAGUGAAAGCACUUCAGAAUUUAAACCAGGAUACUCUCUGCAUGACAUAUCUGGUGCAGCUAAAGUUCAGUCUAUUUCUUAA